AUGGCUGAUCGAGUGCUUGUGCUUGGCAGUGGAGGCAGAGAACAUGCUCUAGCUUGGAAAUUAGCACAUUCGCCACAAGUAAAACAGGUACUAGUUGCACCAGGAAAUGCCGGAACCGCUAAUAAUGGGAAAAUCUCUAAUUCAGCUGUUUUAAUUAGCAAUCCUACUAUCCUUGCGCAGUUCUGUAAAGAUCAUAACAUUGGACUUGUGAUUGCUGGACCAGAAGCUCUACUUGCAGCUGGAAUUGUUGAUGACUUGGUAGCAGCUGGAGUUAGAUGCUUUGGGCCAACAGCCAAGGCAGCGCAAUUGGGAACAAACAGGAGUUUUGCUAACACCUUUCUUGAUCAUCAUGGAAUUCCAACAGCAAGGUGGAGAGCAUUUACCAAUCUCCAAGAAGCUUGCACUUUUAUUACCAGUGCAGAUUUUCCUGCAUUGGUGGUAAGACCCAGUGGUCUUGGUCCUCGAAAAGAGGUAAUUCUUGCAUCAAGCAUAGAGGAAUCCUGCAAGGCAGUGCAAGAGAUUCUUCAGGACAACGUUUUUGGAAACACCAGAGAGACAGUGAUCAUUGAAGAACUUCUUACAGGAGAAGAGUUUUCUUGCUUCUGUUUUGUGGAUGGAGUCACUUUUGCUACCAUGCCCCCAGUCCAAGUCCAGAAGCAACUGCUGGAUGGAGACCAGGGUCCAAGCACUGUAGGAAUGGGAGCUUAUGGUCCUGCAUCUCAGAUUUCUGAAGUUCUUCUAGAAAAAAUUAAAGGCACCCUUCAUCAACACAUUCUUGACAGUAUGAAGCAAGAAGGCAUAUUAUAUGCAGGUGUGCUGCAAAUAGAUUUCAUUCUUACCAAGGACAGUAUGAAAGUCACAAGCUUUAACUGCAAUUUUGGUGAUCCCCAGUGCCAGGUAGUUCUUCCACUUCUUAAAAGUGAUCUUUAUGAAGUAAUACAAGACACCAUUAAUGGAAGGCUCCAAGAUUCCACAUUGGUUUGGGCAGAUGAUUGUACUGCUGUAUCAGUUGUCAUGGCAAGUGAAGGCUAUCCAGAAUGUUAUAUGGAGGGCGGGGAAAUCACUGGACUACUUCAAGCAAAAGAGCUAGGCCUGGAGGUCUUCCAUGGAGCCACCACCAUGAAAGAUGAUAAAGUGGUGAUUAAUGGAGGCAGAGUCCUUACUGUAACAGCUCUUAAGAAAGAUCUCACAUCAGCACUGGAAGCUGCCUACAAAGGACUAGCAGCCAUUUAUUUCCAGGGUGCAACUUACAGAAAAGAUGUUGGCUAUCAGACUGUGAAAUUCCUCAGACAGUCUGUGAGCCCAUCCUAUGAAGAGAAAAUGGCAGAUUCUAUAGCUCGCAGUGCUUUGCUUCACCCACCUAAACUACUAUCUGCAAGUGGCUCCAAAUCAGGCAGCCAUAAGCAGCAAGGGGUUGUUCCUGGACUGUUUGAUUUGAGAGCAUCUGGGUAUAGUGAUCCUAUUUUGGUAUCACAAACUAAAGGCAUUGGGACAAAACUGAAGGUAGCCCAUUUGUGGAAUAAGCAUGACAAGGUUGGCCAGGACUUGGUUGCCAUGUGUGUCAAUGAUCUCCUGUGUCAGGGAGCUGAACCCCUCUUCUUGACUAUUGCAUGUGGGAAACUUGAUGAUGGAGUGGCUCAGGCAAUCACAGAGGGGAUAGCUGAAGCUUGUAAACUGGCAGGAUGUACUGUACUGGGAAGAGGCACCAAUGAGAUGGCUGGCAUGUGUUCACCUGGAGAGUACGACCUUGUUGGCUUUGCAGUUGGUGCUGUGGAAAGAGGAAUGAAGCUUCUUCAGCAGGAGAGAAUUGUUGAUGGAGAUGUCCUAGUUGGAAUAGCUUCUUCUGGUCUUCAUACUCAAGGAUUCAGCCUUGUGAGGAAAAUUAUUUUAACAUCCUCCCUGCACUAUUUCUCUUCAGUUUCUGGUGGCUGUGGUGUCCAGACUUUAGGAGAACAGUUGCUAACCCCAUCCAAAAUCUAUAGCAAAGCCCUGUUGCCGGUACUUCGGUCAGGAAAUGUAAAAGCCUUCAUCCAUAUUGCUGAAGGAGGAUUGCUGGGAAGAUUCCCCCAAAUCCUUCCUGAACAAUUUAGUGUAAUUCUGGAUGCUCAUAACUGGAAGAUUCCUGACAUCUUUUCUUGGCUGCAAGAAGAGGGCGAACUUUUAGAAAGGGAGAUGGCUCAAAUGUUCAACUGUGGGAUUGGUGCUGUGUUGGUGGUACAGAAGGAGCUGGCCAAAAAGGUUUUGAAGGAUGUACAAAAAGAUGAAGAUGCAUGGUUGAUUGGGAAAGUAAUUCACCGUCGUGCAGGGUAUCCUCAGGUAGAAAUCAAGAAUCUUCUUGAAGUGUUGCUGCAAAAUAGAUCCCCAUUUCUUCAGACUGUUUCUGAUGGGGACAGUCUUCUCCAGGCCACCUGCACAAAAGGAAAAGUGAAAGUAGCAGUUCUCAUCUCUGGAACAGAGCCAGCGAGCUGUGCGGAAGUUGUACUGGUAAUUGCCAACAGAUCUGGAGUGGAAGAACUGAAGACUGCAAGCCGGGCUGGUGUCCCUACCCGAGUAAUUGACCACAAACUGUAUGGAAGCCGAUCAGAAUAUGAUGGCACAAUAGACACAGUCCUUGAAGAGUUCUCCACUGAGUUGAUCUGUCUGGCAGGAUUUGUGAGAGUAUUGAGUAGCAACUUUCUUAAAAAAUGGAAUGGGAAAAUUCUGAGCACAUAUCCAUCACUUUCACCAUUUAUCAAAGGCAGCAGUGCCCACAAACAGGUACUCCCAGCUGCAGACAAAGAUGCUGGCUGCACGGUGCAUUUUGUACUUGACUCUAAUGUUGAAGCAGUAAUUGUACAAGAGCCUGCCUCUGUGAAAGCAGAGGACACAGAGGAGACCGUGUUGGAAAAGGUCAAAGAAGCAGAGAGCCGAGCAUUUCCUGUUGCUCUGCAGUUAGUUGCCAGUGGGAUGGUGCAACUAGGUGCUGAUGGCAAAACCUGCUGGAAACGAGGAAGUUGGCUGCUAAUCCAUCAGAAUGAAAGGCAGGGUUGUUCUUCCUCUCGCCCUCUCCAUUAG